UGACGCCACGGGAACUGCACGAUACCAAACAAUUCCUUCCUCUGCCUGCUUGAGCCCUGAUUGACAGUAAUGGCGACUUCAGUUUUACUCUAACGAAACAUUCCACCAAAACAACACUUGCGAAUGGCGUUUCUAAUUCACCUACACUAAAUACACAAAUAAGGAAAUCCUAUAUACCACUAAAGUAAGUAAUUUUUCGAAAGGCGCGGGAUGCUGAAGUUAUGGUGGUAACGUUAGCUAGAAUAUUUUGAACAAAGGUCUCCCUUUCCGUGGCGAUGUGGCUACUCGGUGGCAAGCUCUGAUGGUGUUUUUUCACAUGUUGGGAUUUAAACAACAGCAUUGGCAAAACCGAGCUUGUCUGGCUUGAAUGCGGAUAUAAGCAUACAUCAGUCAUUACCUCAACAUUGAGCUACAUAAUGGUAAUCGAGAGCUAGCUAGUCGCAUAGUUUGAUAGUUAGCUUGUAGCUUUAACACCCCCAUCUUGAGAUCGACCCCCCAUUGUUGUAGGCGUUCUCAUGGAAAGCACACCGACGAAGCUGGAAAACGCGUCACAAGAAGUUGGAUCCAUCUGUUGAGUCUUUACUAUGUUUCAUCAAACUCAACCCUUGCAAUAGAUUAAGAAACCAAUCUUUUUCUAAUUCUUUUUCUAACUCCAGCGCGUUGACAGGAGGAAUUAUCCAUCUUGCAACUACCGAACAUUUGAUGUGAAAAACGUCAGGACUUGUUACGUUAGCUUGUGAAGUUAACGGGCUAACAUUAGCUAGCUUUGUCACCUGGCUGGUCAGUCAAUAUUAGUUAGCAAGCUACUUUUUUUUGUUUAGCCAAGACUUUUAGCCUUCAGACUUGAGGAUAAUUUGCACCUCUUUGCUUAGCCCGUCUGCCAACACGCGUAACUGUUAACUUUUUAACUACGAUAACUUUAUUGCUGUGUAAACCGCUUGUUUGUCGCGUGACGUUUAGCACUAACCUUAACGUUAUCGUUAACUUGCCUAUUGAAUAUCAUAUUGUGUUAUUAUUCAUUUUAACUAGCCUAUACAUAUUCUAUACGUAUAUAGCAUUAGUUACAGGUUUUCUUGGUACACAUCCAUAACAUACUCUUAUAGAUUCUUGUCAGUGGUUGAUAAUGUUAAGAUCAGAGGAGAGUAGCUUGCUUGCUGCUUGCUAGGUAACGUUAACGGUCUGUAAGCUAGUUCUAACGUUACAGUAAACAGUUUGUCGGGUCAUUGCCUCUUCAAACAAAGCGGCUCGUUUUCCAAACUUUUUUUUAAAAGAAUAGUCAGCUAUCACUCGGUGUCCUGUGGUUCAUUUGUGCUAUUUAUGGUGUCCUUAAUUUACCAAGAGAUAGCCGAACAGUAACUCAAACCACUGAAUGGCAGUUCCGCAAGCAACACUAGACUAAAUGUCAAGUCUUAUUCGAGCAUAACGUUAUCGUCUCGUUCUAAAUUAUGUAAAAUCUAGAUGAAUGAAUUGUCUUCGAGCUGAAUGGUUUAGAAUUUAAGUUACAUUGCUGGCUAGCUAUCAUAUUUGUCUUACUGGUGAGUUAAUAAAAACAUAUUCAGGCCUUUUCUUUCUGCCACUAAAGGGAUGCGAAUGGUUUUUCUUCAGUCCAGGACUAAUUAAACCCUGCAAGUUAUUACAUUUUUGGUAUUUUUGUACUGCGAUAUAGCUUAAAUGACCACCGGAAGGAAUAACCGAAUCAUGAUGGAAGGAGUGGGGGCUAGAGUUGUCCGUGGACCGGACUGGAAAUGGGGAAAACAGGACGGUGGAGAAGGACAUGUUGGAACAGUGAGAAGUUUUGAAAGUCCCGAGGAAGUGGUGGUAGUUUGGGAUAACGGAACCGCUGCCAAUUAUCGCUGUUCUGGAGCUUACGACGUGAGGAUAUUGGACAGUGCACCCACAGGUAUUAAACAUGAUGGCACCAUGUGUGACACCUGCCGUCAGCAGCCCAUCAUCGGCAUCCGCUGGAAGUGCGCUGAGUGCACCAACUAUGACCUCUGCACUACAUGUUACCAUGGAGACAAGCACCACCUGCGACACAGGUUCUACAGAAUCACCACACCGGGCAGUGAGAGGGUCCUCCUCGAAUCUCGACGCAAAUCCAAGAAGAUCACAGCGCGCGGCAUCUUCACCGGAGGCCGGGUGGUGCGGGGAGUGGACUGGCAGUGGGAAGAUCAGGAUGGUGGCAAUGGCCGAAGGGGCAAGGUAGUCACAGAGAUCCAGGACUGGAGUGCAGCCAGCCCUCACAGUGCGGCGUACGUCCUCUGGGACAAUGGAGCCAAGAACCUCUACAGAGUUGGCUUCGAGGGCAUGUCGGAUUUGAAAUGUGUCCAAGAUGCCAAAGGAGGCACCUUUUACAGAGACCACUGCCCAGUAUUGGGAGAGCAGAAUGGCAGUAGGAAUCCUGGGGGCCUGCAGAUCGGAGACCUGGUCAACAUCGACCUGGAUCUGGAGAUCGUGCAGUCCCUGCAGCAUGGCCAUGGAGGUUGGACUGACGGCAUGUUUGAGACGCUCACCACCACCGGUACCGUGUGCGGGAUCGACGAAGACCACGACAUUGUUGUCCAGUAUCCUAGUGGAAAUAGGUGGACGUUCAACCCGGCAGUGCUGACCAAGGCCAACGUGGUGCGCAGCGGGGAGGUCCCGGCGGGCGCGGAGGGUGGCGCCUCCCAGUUCCUCGUGGGUGACUUGGUGCAGAUCUGCUACGACAUCGACCGCAUCAAGCUGCUGCAGAGAGGCCACGGCGAGUGGGCUGAAGCCAUGCUGCCGACACUGGGGAAGGUGGGCCGCGUGCAGCAGAUCUACUCGGACAGCGAUCUGAAGGUGGAGGUGUGCGGCACCUCGUGGACGUACAACCCGGCCGCCGUGACCAAAGUGGCUCCGUCUGGCUCGGCCGUCACCAACGCCUCUGGAGAGCGUCUCUCUCAGCUGCUCAAGAAGCUCUUUGAGACCCAGGAGUCGGGUGACAUCAACGAGGAGUUGGUGAAGGCAGCUGCCAACGGUGACCUAGCCAAAGUAGAGGACAUCAUGAAGAGACCUGACGUGGACGUGAAUGGGCAGUGUGCGGGCCACACAGCGAUGCAGGCAGCCAGUCAGAACGGCCAUGUGGACGUCCUCAAGCUGCUGCUCAAAUACAGCGUCGAUCUGGAAGCCGAGGACAAGGAUGGGGACAGGGCCGUGCACCACGCGGCGUUUGGGGAUGAGGGCUCGGUCAUCGAGGUGCUUCAACGGGGCGGAGCCGACCUCAACGCCAGGAACAAGCGCAGGCAGACGCCGCUGCACAUCGCUGUCAACAAGGGCCACCUGCAGGUGGUGAAGACGCUGCUGGACUUGGGCUGUCAUCCCAGCCUCCAGGACUCUGAGGGUGACACACCCCUGCACGACGCCAUCAGUAAGAAGCGGGACGACAUGCUGUCCGUGCUGCUGGAGGCCGGCGCUGACGUCACCAUCACCAACAACAACGGCUUCAACGCCCUGCACCACGCAGCCCUGCGAGGGAACCCUAGUGCCAUGCGUGUUCUGCUGUCCAAGCUCCCCAGGCCCUGGAUUGUAGACGAGAAGAAAGACGACGGCUACACGGCACUGCACCUGGCAGCGCUUAACAACCACGUGGAGGUGGCCGAACUCUUGGUGCACCAGGGAAGUGCCAGCCUUGACGUCCAGAAUGUCAACCAGCAGACAGCACUGCACCUCGCAGUGGAGCGCCAACACACCCAGAUUGUUCGGCUCCUGGUGCGUGCGGAGGCCAAGCUGGACGUGCAGGACAAGGACGGGGACACGCCGCUGCACGAGGCACUGCGCCACCACACGCUCUCCCAGCUGCGGCAGCUGCAGGACAUGCAGGACGUCAGCAAGGUGGAACCCUGGGAGCCCUCCAAGAACACGUUAAUCAUGGGCCUGGGGACCCAGGGGGCCGAGAAAAAGAGCGCCGCCUCCAUUGCAUGCUUUCUGGCAGCCAACGGCGCCGACCUCACCAUCCGCAACAAGAAGGGCCAGUCACCCCUGGACCUCUGCCCGGACCCCAGCCUGUGCAAGGCCCUGGCCAAGUGCCACAAGGAGAAAACGAGUGGGCAGGUAGGUUCUCGCAGCCCAUCUCUGAACAGUAACAACGAGACGCUGGAGGAGUGUAUGGUGUGUUCGGACAUGAAGAGGGACACCCUGUUUGGGCCCUGCGGCCACAUUGCUACCUGCUCCCUCUGCUCGCCCCGCGUUAAGAAGUGUCUCAUCUGCAAGGACCAGGUCCAGUCCAGGACUAAGAUCGAGGAGUGUGUGGUAUGCUCUGAUAAGAAAGCAGCCGUUCUUUUCCAGCCCUGCGGACACAUGUGCGCCUGUGAGAACUGUGCCAGUCUCAUGAAGAAGUGUGUACAGUGUCGCACGGUGGUGGAGCGGCGCACUCCUUUCGUCAUGUGUUGCGGAGGGAAAGGUAUGGAGGAUGCCACUGAUGAUGAUGAUGAUGAUGAUGAUGAUGAUGAUGAGGACCUUACAGGGGGCUCUAACUCAGUGGCAGGGGGUUCGCAGGAGCUUCUCCAGCCCAACAAUCUGGCGCUAAGUUGGUCCAGCGGCAACAUCCCGGGUCUGCAGAGGGAUAAGGACAAUACCAACGUCAACGCUGACGUGCAGAAACUCCAGCAGCAGCUGCAGGACAUCAAGGAGCAGACCAUGUGUCCGGUGUGUCUGGACCGGCUAAAGAACAUGAUCUUCAUGUGCGGCCACGGCACCUGCCAGCUGUGCGGAGACCGCAUGAGCGAGUGUCCCAUCUGCCGCAAGGCCAUCGAGCGCCGCAUCCUGCUCUACUAGAGCCCCAGGCUUCGUCCUUCAGGCCUCUUCACCGCUCGUCAACCAACCAGCAAGCCAGCCGCUUCUCUCAUGCACACAGCGCUCCUGUGUCUGCAAGACUUCCCCCAACUUUCCCACUAAGCUGUCAGUCAUCAGUGUUAAUGGCGUAGCCUUGUCCUGGUUUGUCUACUUUGGCAAAAAAGAACACCUUAUCCUUGUCUGUGUAUCAGCUGAACAGUUCUCUUUAGCAGCCCCCCCCCCCCCCCCCUGGCCACUGGUGCCCCGUUUGUCUGCCAACCUUGGUGUCCUAGGUUCGGUCAGUAUGGGUAGACCUUGUUGAGAACGUAAACACUAAUGGCAGAUGCGGUCGUGUAUGAAAAGGGUUCCACUGAGUCCUCCUUCCUUGUAAGUGUCACUGCAUAUGUGAGCAUGCAGUUCACUCCCAAGCCCCCCCUCAACUCUCGCGUUGCUACAAAAAACUCUGUGUUGUCCUCUUGCUACUUGUUCUUUUUCACAAUAAUGUAAUCUGAUGCAAGCCGAGCUGUAGAGGAUGCUGCUCGAUGUGGAUCUCCUGAUGUUCUGGCCAGUAUAGCAGAGCUUGGUUUCCACACGAAGCCUACUAUCAUGCUAGACGCUUACGUGUUAUAACUCGCCUCAGUCCUUUCGGGGGCCAUAUUAGUGUACUGCAUUUCAAGUUUUAUCCAGUCCUGAAUGGACGUGCUUCGAGUCCUGUAGUAAAAACCCCAAGAAGUUGAGGCAGAGUCUUGUCCUGUCGCAGUGCCGACAGGAGGUGCAAAGCUCACCCACACUGUCCACUGUGGAAAUGGAAGGAGGCUGCAGGAGGCCCAUGACGUCUCACAUGUAGUAUUGGUCUCAGUGAAUCUCACACAAGCCUUGAGUAUUACUGCAACACCUCAUCACCCCCUCAACCCCCACCACUGAUGCAAAAUUGUGCUGUUACAUGUGUGUUCAUGUUGAAUAAGGCUUGGAACUGGAUUGUUUUCGGUUAGGCAUGUAUUCUCACCCCUUACCACAGUCACAUUACAGGUCUAUGGACAAUGAGGUUAUGAAGCUAUUUGUGAUUUUGUUUUUUUCCUUCUAAAUGUUUGCUAAUGACCAUAGAGGAUUCUGUGCCAUUGCUUCCAAAAAGAACACUACAACACCCUUGGGGAUAAGGUGCUCGUUUACCUUGUUUUUUUUUUAAACAAAUACCAUUUUAUUUAAGUGCAUCGUCAUGAAAAACAGAAAUGAAAUGAGCUAGAGAGUACAAUCUAAUAUAAAGCCAAGACUUCAAAGCCUCUACUUUAGUAGUGAUAGAAUAAAUUAUUUUAUAUUGUUACCAAGAUAUAGAAGGGGUAUUUCAGAUUGUCUAAAGGGGGUAGCUUUUUUUCUCUCCAAAGCGGUCAUCCUCACUGGGAAAAAAAUAAUGAAAAAGAGGAAAUGUUAAUGGGAUUUUGAUGGACAUCACUUUUUUAGUUCUGUAGUAUUUUCUAGACUAUAUUCAGCCUAAUACAAGUUAAAACUGAACUAAUUACUAUCUCGAGUCAUAUGUCCUGUUCUUCAACCAUGUUUAUUAUUAGGAAAAGAGGAUGCCAGUGAGUUGGCUUGAGUGUGAGUGUGUGCAGGUGUGUUUGGUCAGUCCUGUGUCUGAGAACAGCAUUUCAGACCUGGCCGCCUCUUGCAAGUCAGAAGACCUUGAUGAUGUGUUUCAACAGCCAUCUUGGCUGCCAAUGCAAAGGUCCUGUUUUAAAAAGAAUUAUGAAAAAGUAGCUUCAUACUUUGCCUUUUUAACCAAUUUUUUAUCAUUUUUUUUCAACGAUCAUAUUGACAUUUGAAGCUAGAUGCACUAACGUACUUUAAUGGUAGUAUUGUACCGUGUUACAGUAAAGGCCGGUUUUGUACCUUAUUUCUGUUUGUAACACUCUCCUGGUUUCAAAAAAUUCACUACUCUCUUCUUUGGCAUGAAUGUUUGUGUUGUAUGCGGUUCAGCCUGUAUCAUGAAAUGCUGUCACUCCGUAUUGUUUAGUGCUUUUAAAUGAAAUGCAUCGCUGAAUAAAGAUCUAAAGGAACACUUUA